AUGGUUAGCAUAAAGAAUUUGUAUAAAAAGGCUAAUAUGCCUUUAUAUUGUAUUACUGGAAUGAUGUUCGAUUUUAGUGUUUAUUUUUAUUGGCUUGUUCUUCCCGUUUUAUUAAAAAAACUUCAAGCUGGUCCUAUACUUAUUGGAGCAGCAGAUGCAGUAACAUUUUGUCUUGCUGGAGUAUUAGCUCCAAUAAUGGGAAUAUUAACUGAUAAAUGGAGAGGUGAAAUAUUAUGUGAAUUGGCUUGUAUUUUACAAGCACUAAGUUGUAUUUUUACUGCUAUUUAUUAUGUUAAUAAUACUGGAACAAGUGUUUUAUUUAUAUUCUUAAUAAUACAAGGAAUUGGUUUAGCAGCGUUUUGGUCACCAGAUGAAACUUUAAUUGGAGCGGAAUCAUAUAUCGGUGAAGAAAAUAAAAAUAUCUCAAAUUUUGCUAUGUUAAGUGCUUUUGGUAAAGCUGUUGGAUUUUUAUUAGGUGGAAGUGCUAUUAGUAUUUUAGGUGCAUCUUAUUCAUUGUAUGUUGCUGCAGUAUUACCAUUAUUUGUUUUUAUUAUUUUCCCAAGAAAACCAAGAUAUAAAAAUGAUGAAACAAAUCCAAAGAAAGUAUUUCAAAAUACUGUUAAGAAUAGAAGUCAUCCAAAAACUUUUUAUUAUUCUUCUAUUGUAGUGCAUUUAUUCCUUUAUGGUGUAAUUGCUAUUAUUAGUAAUCAAUAUGUAGAUUAUGCUGAUGAUCAUCAUAUCCAUCUUAAUGGUAUUUCUGAAGAGGCUUCAGUUUUUGUUGGUGUAUUUUUAUUUGUUGAAAAUGUUGUACAAACUAUUACUUUCAUUGUUCUUGGAAGAUGGAGUUAUUGGCAAUAUAAACAAAGAUUUAAUCUUCUUGCUCUUUGUACAAUGUUAGUUGUUGCUCUCGGUCUUUUAUUUAGUCCUAAUGGAUGGAUAGUAAUGAUAUUUUCUGUUCCAAUGGGAAUAGUUGCUGGAUAUGAAUUACAAGCCAAUUUAUAUUAUUCAAUUACAGUUUCACAUAAUCAUGGUAAAUUUUUAGGUAUUAGUGAAUUUAUUGGUGAAAUGACUUAUUCAUUAUCACCUUUUAUUUGUGGUUUAUUAUGUUCUGCAUUUGGUAAAACUUGGUUACACUUUCUUAAUAUCUUUAUGUGUUGUUGUGGGAUUUUAAUUAUUUCUAUUGUUGCUAGUGUUUAUAAACGUACAACAAAUAUCUUUGGUUUCAAUCGUGUUCAAUCACCAUCUAAAGUUACAAUUGAACUUGAUGACAUAUCUAGAUCUUCUGCAGAUGUUGGUAGGUCGUCUAUGGAUACUGUAAGAACUUCAACAAGUUUAGAUGGUAGUGAUAUUUAUAGAACAAGUAUUCUAAAAGUUCUCAGAGAUGAGAAAGGCACAAUUAAUGAUCAAACGUCAGUGCCAAUUGAAGACACUCCAAAUAAACCAACAGAAACACCAGAUCCAACACAAAAUGAUGGAGAUGCUAUUAUUUCUGAUGGAGUUGAACCUGUUGAAAAUAGCAAUAAGUAA